AAGUCCGCUCACUCUUUGGCGAUUCAAACUUCUACUUAUGUACACCGCUUCUAUCCAGAUUGUGAUAGCAAUCAUGGCAAUGGUAUCACAGGGAAGGUUGCUUGGUAGUACUUCAGUAACAGCGUUUCUUCCAAUAGGUCCGUGCCGUUCAUUCGGCCCCUCGACAUGCUUUGCUGCUCAUAAUAUUCUCGCCGCCCUAUCUCUGUACGUAGAAGUAUUGAUCAUCCACACAAUGUAUUACCGAUAUCGAAUGAUGCAACCCAUUGGAAUAUCAACUGGAAGGCUACCAAUUGGUCUCAUCACCGCUGCUGUGUUACCAGUAGUCGUGCUUGUGAGUUCUUGCUUGACAAGAGAAAA